AUGCCCGUGGGUGCAAUUUCGCCAUCGUGGAGACAUGUGGUAUAUAAAUUUUUUGGUGUAUUAACUUCAGUUCUUGCUUCUCUUGUAUGGUUAGCUACAAUUACAGCAUUAUUUGGUUUAUGGGCAGCCGAUGGUUUUGUUCGAUAUCAACCUGGUGAAGGCGAAAUUGUAUAUAUUUCUAAUGUCGGUGCUGAAUAUAAGACUGUAUUUAUUGUGGGUGCAGCUCUCACGGGCGUAUUUUUUGUGUUAACAUUAAUAUUUACAAAACUUUGUUUUGAUUCCGAAACAAGACGAAGAUUUAAAAAAGGUGUUUCCAUAACAUCAAUUAUAUUUGGUAUUUUGGCUAGUGUAUCUCUUCUUCUACUCUCUAUAUUCGAUUCCAAUAACUACACAGCACUUCAUUAUACAUUUACUGGAUUAUUUAUUACAUGCACUCUUAUAUCGGGAAUAUUUUCAACUAUUUAUCGGUUUUCACGUAAUGAACUGAAUUUAGCUGUUUAUAUAAGAGUGUUAUUUGUUUCGGUGGUGAUACCUUUAGCAAUAUGUUUUGUUAUAUUCAGUGUAAUUCCAAGACCUAGUGAUCAAACUCAAUUAGUAUCUGUUGCAGCUUCAUUCGAAUGGACUAUUGCUCUUUUGUUUGUACUUUAUCUGGCUUUAUUUGCUUUAGAUUUAAUACUCAGUGGAUAA